AUGGUGGGGGAGGACGCGUGCCUCCUUUCAUGGGAAGAUAAAGAAAGGUUUCGACUCCUCUGUCAUCGCUACCGCAUGGAGUUGAGGGCCAACGUCAUCUACUUCAGGGGCAAGUGGAGCCUGCCGUUCUACGAGAGCUCGACCAAGAACAGGCCCUUCUACCGGCUGGACGGCACCGUCGUCGACGUCCCCUUCAUGUCCAACUACGAGCACCACUACAUCGCCGAGCACGGCGGCUUCAAGGUGCUCAAGCUACGCUACAAGAGCAGCUCACCGCCCUACACCAGCAUGUGCAUCUUCCUCCUGAACGCGUGCGACGGCCUGGGGAGCCUGCUGGAGAAGAUGACGUCGCCAGGCUUCCUGCGUGAGCACCUGCCGACGAGCAUGGCCGUCGUCGUCGAGUUCGGGGUGCCCAAGUUCGAGCUCACCUUCGAGGGCAGCGUCACCGACGUGCUCAAGGACCUGGGGCUUGCUCUUCCUUUCGGCGAAGGCGCCGACCUCUCGGAGAUGAUGAUGGAGGGCAUGCACGUGCAGGUGCAGGACGUCUUCCACAAGGCCGUCAUUGAGGUGAACGAGCUCGAGGAAGGAACCAGAGCCGCCGCGAUCGCUCCUCCGACGUGCUCUCUGUUCCGGCUGCCGGUGGUGGGCUUCGUGGCCGAUCACCCGUUCGCCUACUGCAUAGUGGAGGAGGAGUCGCACGCGGUCCUCUUUGCAGGGCAUGUCGUCGACCCCGGUAAUGGCGUCGGGGCUGUGAUCCCGUCCCCUCCUCCGUUCGGGGAGCGCAGCACAGCAAUGAAAUGGAUACUAGGGUUUGAUAAGGCGAUGAACAGAUCCAAACGUGCGUUCGUUGAUGAUGGUCCGGAGUCGCCGGUGUACGGAAAUAACCUCCCCUCACACAAUCCAGCAUAUCCACGGCCACCAAAAAUGCUAGACUUACGGGGGGCCGUAAGGAGCUCGGCCUACGGACGGAAGUCACGGGAUGAGGUGUUCUAA